AUGCCGGCAGAGGCAAGCUCAGCUCCUGCGAGUGACGGCGCCCAGGGAAGUCGGGGACGCCCGAGGCAGCGGCGGAGAGGGCAGCGCGGCGGUCGUGGCGGCCAGGGGCAGGGCCGUGGCGGCGCUGCUGAGCAGGGUGGACAGCCGGCGGCUGCUGCUCCUGUCGAGAGGACCAACGGCUCUCCGACACCUGCAAACGAUUCAGGCGAUGCCGUUGCAUCGUCAUCGUCGCGAGGGCGGGGGAGGGCCAGGGGGAGGGGACGAGGUGGCGGCGGUGGAGGCUUGAGAGCUGGCAGGGGAGGUGCUGUUCGCAGUGGAGGUUUCGUUGCGGGAACGCAGAGGGCCUUUGGCGGCCACCUGACGUCAGAAAUGGCGGAUGGUGGAGGUCAGGUCGACGGGGACGCUGGGCUGAGUGCGGCUGCUGCAGAGUUUGUGCCCGGCCAGGCCAUCGCUCCGAAGAGCAGACAACCACCAAGACAGAAAGCACCCCAAUAUCCUCUGGCUCCAAAGUCAACGGCUGAGGAUCUGCCCACUCGUAUUCACCAGGACAUCAGCAAUGGACAGUAUGAGUGUGUCAUCUGCGCCAGCGAAGUCCUGCGGUCCUCGAAGGUUUGGUCCUGUAACCUGUGCUGGACUGUCGUCCAUCUUCCCUGUGUCAAGAAAUGGCACAAGAGCCAGAUCGAGAAGCCGAAUCCCCAGGAACAAGAACAGCCCGAUCAGCCCAGGACAUGGCGAUGCCCUGGCUGCAACUCAAAGUUGACGGAACACCCCAGCUCAUACCACUGCUGGUCCGCUGUGGACUUCCCUGCAGCGAGAAGCUUAAAUGCGGCCUGCAAAGAGGAUAAGACGUGCCAGGCUAAGGAGUUUAUCACUUGUGCUUGCCAACACCGCAAGAAGGAAAUCAAAUGUCUCGCCACCCGUAUCAACCCGGAGCCUGAACGCGAAACUCUCAAGUGCGACGACGAGUGCCUUCGUCUCCAGCGCAACCAGAAACUUGCAGCCGCCCUCAGCAUCGAUCCUGCAACUCACACCGACGAUCAUGUUCCCUACUCAGAUACCACGUUGAAGCUAUUCCGCGACAGCGUGCGUUGGUGUCAGACCCAAGAGCGCGAGUUCCGCGUCUUCGCCUCGGACGCCGCCGAAAAGCGAAUACGCUUCAAGCCCAUGCCGCCUUCGCAGCGAGCCUUCCUCCACGCCCUCGCCGAGGACUUUGGCUUGGACACGGAGAGUCAGGAUCCCGAGCCGCACCGUCACGUCAGCGUCUUCAAGACACCACGUUUCGUGUCGGCGCCCUCCAAGACCCUCGCUCAGUGCGUCAAGAUCAAGAAUGUGCAAGCUGCGGCGGCCAAGGCCGGAGCGUCUGCGUCCGAGGCGCCCAAGCAGGCGCCGUUCAACGCGCUGCUGCUCUCGACCCCGCGGUUCGCGCUGACCAUUGAGGAGCUGGACGCUGCUCUUGCAGGAGAUUUUGCGGCGCAUAACAAUCUGUCUUUUACGACGAGCUUCCUGCCGUCAGAUGAGGUCCUCGUCCGCGCGACGCCCGUCUCGAGCUGGGGCUCCAGCACUGCGAACGUUGAGACCUCGCUCGCGAACCUUAAACCAACAAUCACACGCACGGUUGCUAAAGCCGGCUUAGCCGGUGCCGUGACGCUCGUGCAUGCGGACCAGGACCAGAAUGUCUUGCGGAAAGAGGUCACGGGGGAGACGAAGGAUGCUGGCGGCUGGAGCUCCGUCGUGGGGCGGAGGCCGCAGGCUGCGGCGCCGGCGCCUGUCGAGAAGAAACCUGCUAGCGGGUUCGUGAGUUUCUCGAGGCUUCCGAGAAAGAAGAUUGUGCAAGAGACGGAGGAAGACUGGGAGGCUGCUGCGGAGAAAAUGGAUGAUUAG